GGCUGCAGGCGCUGUCUCGUCACACCGAGCUCAUGUCCCGCCCCAGGCCUGCAGCUGCGGCCGGACUCGGAGCGUGGGGAGCCGGGGCCGCUGCGCCGCGGGGAGCUGCACCCUGCCGGACAGACAGACGCCAUGGUGGAGUACUACGAAGUGCUGGGCGUGCCCCGAAAUGCCUCCUCGGACGACAUCAAGAAGGCGUACAGGAGGGCGGCGCUGAAAUGGCACCCGGAUAAGAACCCGGAGAACAAGGAACACGCCGAGCAGAAGUUCAAAGAGAUCGCGGAGGCCUACGAAGUGCUGUCGGACAAGGAGAAGCGUGACGUCUACGACCGCUAUGGCAAGGAAGGCCUCAUGGGAGCAGCAGGGCCUGGGGGAUCAAGAGCCGACGCGGGAGCCCCCGAAUUCACCUUCACCUUCCGCAGCGCCCACGACGUCUUCCGGGAGUUCUUCGGCGGGCGGGAUCCCUUCGCUGACCUCUUCGAUGAGAUGCUGCCGUUCUCAGAGCUGCGGGGGACUGGCCUCCGACACCCCGGAUCAGGCUCCUUCUUCUCCUCUUUCCCGGCAUCCUCAGAUUUCUUCUCCUCGUCCUUCAGCCCCGGCACCAACCCCGGAAUCGGCUUCCGCUCGGUUUCCACCUCCACCACCUUCGUCAAUGGCAAACGCAUCACGACGAAGAGGAUUGUGGAGAACGGGCAAGAGCGGGUGGAGGUGGAAGAGGACGGGGAGCUGAAAUCAAUCCACGUUAAUGCAGGUGUCCCUGACGACAUGGCACUGGGGCUGGAGCUGAGCCGCCGGGAGCAGCAGGCCCUCCCGGGCCAGCCCUCGCACUCGCCCCCUGCGCCGCCGCGGCCCCGCGGCUCGUCCCCGGUCUGCCUGUACACGGACAGCGAGGAGGAGGACGAGGACCUGCAGCUGGCUAUGGCCUACAGCCUGUCGGAGAUGGAGGCUGCGGGGCAGCACAGAGCAGGUGUGUUCUGAGGGACGCGCUGCGGGCACCCUGCCACGCUCAGUCGCCCAGGGAGGCUGGUCACGCCCGGACAUCGCUCUGUUUCCACCACCCCCCCACCCCCAGUGCCCCCGGGCUGCCGCGUGAGGGGGCUCUCCUGUUGCUGUCUGCACAGCAGGGUGUAGUUGGCUGUAGCUAGUGGUGGGGGGCUGGUUGUGCUGGGGCACAGAUUCCAUCCUGGCCCUGGCCCAUGGCGUGUGAGGGGGUGGCUGGCCCCAGGGCGAAGGGGGGGCUGGGGGCAAAGCCCUGGGCACCUCCAGCCCAGCCCCGCUCUGGUGGGAGUUGCUGUGGGAAGAGACCUGAUUGCAGGGGUGGAAGCAGCCCAGGGCCAGGUGUCUCUCUCCCCUGUCUGCUUCUCCCUGUGGCCCGUCCUGUUUGCGGGGGGCUGCAGCUGGAAGAGAUGGCAGCUUCCCCUUCAGAACCUGCAGCCUGGGAGGGGAUCUUAGUCCAUAACUACCCCCCCUUCUCCUCAUAGCUGGGCAGGAGCAGCUCUGAGGCUGUGGAUGCAGUGGGGGGGUGGGGGGGCGUGGAAGGAUGGUGCCUGGGCCUUGCAGUGCAUCUCCCUUGCUGCGGGGGGGGGGGGGGGCUGUGUCAGCCCCCGGGCGUGGAGCCUGCUGUCAGUCAAUAAACCAUUUGCAAUAGA